CUGACUUCCAACUUCUUCGAGAUUAUUUGUUAUGUUGGUUUAAUUUGUGGUGAAAUGAGAAAUACAAUCGAUUGUUUCAUUUAAAAGUGAUUAACGAUUAGAAAUUAUAUCUCCUGUUAAAAGUUUAUCGUCUAAGGCAUAAAAUCACCGAGUUUGAAGUCACAGAAAGGAAUUCAAAUUUUCAGUGCGACACCAAAAUGACUCUUGAAGAAGACGACAGUACUUGGCUUAUAGAAUUGGAGUCAGCACUGCUCGAUGGAUGCACCCCUUGUGAGAUUAAUCUCAUCACAAAAGGUAAAAGAAUUCCUGAAAAUUUAAGACCUGAUGUUUGGUUGGUUUGUCUCAAUUGUCAAGAAAUGGGAAAUCAGCUGCUUCUUUUCGAUGAAGUAUUUGAUUUACCAAAUCAAAACGAUUUGAGGGAUGAUGUAAAAAAAUUUGUUCAAAAACUUGACAAUGAUGACGAUGAAAAGUUAUCAGUAAUAUCAGACAUAGAAUCUAUCAUAACAUUCUAUUGCAAGUCAAAAUCACAUAGUUACGCUUCUAACAAUGGCUGGAUUGAGAUACUGUUUCCACUGUUAAGUCUGAAAUUACCUAGAGGUGACACAUAUAAUUUGUUUGAAAAAGUAUUAAAGCUAUAUAUUCCUAACGGCUGUGUAUCUAAUGGUGUGCCUUUUCACAUACUACGACUGAUCAUACAAUACCAUGAUCCAGAGCUGUGUUCAUUCUUGGAUACUAAAAGAAUAACACCCGAACAAUAUUGCAUGCCUUGGCUUAGAUCCCUUUUUUCUGGUACAUGCAGUUUGGAGGUGGUGCUUUUUAUGUGGGACUUGUAUUUUCAGAGAUCAGAUCCUUUCUUUAUAUUCUUCUUAUGCCUUAUCAUGAUUAUUAAUGCUAGAGAGCAACUGCUACAAAUGAAGAAUGAAGAUAAAGCUACUAUAAUUAAAGUUCUGAGUAGCAUGCCCCGGGAUCUCGAAGCAAAUGAUAUAUCUGAUUUUUGUUCCUUGGCCCAUUACUAUUCACUUAAAACGCCAGUGUCUUUUCGUGAGGAUGUGAUUGAUGUACUGUAUUCCAAUAGUGGAGUGGAAAUUAAUUCUAAAUUAUAUUCUCAAGCUCUGUGUCUUCCUGUAGCGGUUCAUGAAUUGAUCGAAACUGCUACCGUAGAUGUGGCAGAUGCUGAUACCGUUAAGUUCUUUUUGGUCGACUGUCGACCUGCUGAACAGUAUAAUGCUGGUCAUUUAUCUACCGCCUUUCACCUUGAUUGCAAUUUAAUGCUUCAGGAGCCAAAUUCAUUUAACACUGCUGUCCAAGGUCUAUUAAAUGCUCAGCAGCAGGCAUUAGCAGCAGGUUCCCUUGCCGCUGGUGAACAUUUAUGCUUUGUUAGUUCUGGAAGAACAGAAGAAGACAGCUAUGCUCAUAUGGUAGUAGCGUCAUUCCUUAAGAAAAAUACCAAGCACGUGUCUAUGUUAGAUGGUGGAUUUGUUGCUAUACACGACUAUUUUGGUCCCCAUAUGACUGAUUGUUUGGAAGAUCACAACACAACUAUGUGCUUGGUCUGUGCUCCUAAUAAUAAUAAUAAUGCUAACAAACCAGCUGAGAAUAGACCUAGAGACAAUGCGCCAGCCAUUCAGUUGUUUAGCAAAUUAUCAUCAGCUAUGAAAGCAAAAAGUCAAGAAGUUAAGGGAAAGCUGAUAGAGUAUAUUGUUAAUCCAACUUCGCAAUCUAAUAACGGUGAUUGGCACGUGUCAGCGAAUGAUAGAAAGGAACAGAGGUAUAGGAAUGUGCCCCCAGUAUUCAGCAUCAACGAUGAGGACGAAGAUUCCUAUUCCGAUAACCGUCGAGACGUAUCUAAUAGCGAUACUUUAGACGAAAUGGUAGACAUAAAGAAUUUCCUGCAAGGCCCGAAUAUAGUAAAUAAUUUCACCUGUCAAGAAGUAUUGUCGAAUGGUUACAUGUUUGACUCUCAUCUGGUGGUGACCGAGACACAUUUAAUAAUAUUACGUGAGAUCCCAAACAAGAAAGGCGUAGCCAAAAUACUGUCUCGAAGGCCGCUAUCUACUAUUGUAAAGAUUACAGCCAAAAAAAGGCAUCCAGAGCUAAUUACUUUCAAGUACGGUGUACCUGAUGGGGACAAUUUACUGAUCAAAGAUAUGGAUCGAUUUCUCAUACCCAAUGCAGCUGUUGCCACAAAAAUUGUCUCCAAUCAAAUCGUCUCGCAGUUGGAUAAUAAGUUACAAUAGACUUAGUUUAUGACAUAGUGUUAAUGGACACAUGUAGGUGAAGUUAUCUUUCAACAUUAAUAAUAGUGGGCACUUAUCUUUGUGAUAGUAAUUCCUUGUCAUGUAGAUAGUUAAGUGUUAUUUAGUUCAAGCCUAAAAUUAUCCAUCCAUUUUUUAUUUCUGUGUAUCAUACGACGGUAUUAGCGAAUUUAAAAAUAUAUUUAUUUACUAUAGGGAUUUCAUUUAAUAUAAAAAAAGCUUUUUGAGAAUUCAUUUCCUAUGAAGGAAUAAUGCAAAAGUGAAAUUAUAACUAUGCCUACUUUAAAAAUAGUUUUACAUAUUAGUUAUCGAAUGUAAAGAUAAUUAUAGCAUAGCAUAUUUUCAUUAGUCACACAGUUUUGUAAACGUUCUUGGAACAUAGAAAUAAUAAUCUUUUUUAAACAAGAAAAAAGUUUUUAUAUUUAUAUUUAAUUUAUUUAAAAAUAUAUGUUCAUUGAAAUUGUUAACCUGUAUUUAUAUUUUGUUGUAUUAAAAGAGUAUAUAAUUUCACUAUGUUUUUUGUUUUAAUAUAAUUAUGCUAGAUCUUCGUUAAAAGAAGAAAAUGCGCAAUCACAUUUACUACCAUCAGCAGAUAUAGCACAAUUUUUAUAAUAAAAUGAUUCACACGUCAUUUAAGAAGCUUUAAAGGAUUCCUUUAAGAUGAUCGAGAUCUCAAACAUCUGACUAGAUUAGAGAAUUUAAAGCCAGUUCUAUUUUUUUUUUUUAAUAUUGUGCCUAUAGUUUGAUGUUUAUUUUAGUAUGAACUGUUACAACGAGUUAUGUGUAUACUGGCAACAUUAUUAAAACUAUUCUCCAAUAGCUUAUGCACAAUUUAGUGUUUCCGGUGUGUACAUGAUAAGCUUUGUUUUGAAAAAUUAAGUUUAUUCCGGAUGGUCAAUUUCCUUUCGGCGUUGGCAGUUCACCGUGUGAUGUAAUACAAAAAAAGAAGCCUUUCGAUUAUUAUUUAUAAUUGCUUUUAAUUGUACUUAAAACUAUUCCAAAAAAUAUAUAUGUCACUUUGUUGAAGUGGAAUGCUACGUUACGUUACAAUAAUUAUUUGUGGCAAGAAAAUAUUGUUUAUAUGAAGAAUUUUUUUUUUUAUAAUUAUGCACACAGUUUUUUGAAUGUCGGUAUUUUUUAUAAUAGGUUUGUGUUAGUCUGCCGUGCUUUUUGUAUAAAAAAAAUUAUUUAGUAAAAAAAAAUAUUAUGAAUACAUAAUAAUCACACAUGUUGUAAGAGUGUAUGAGAAUUAAACUGUGCUAUACUUAUUAAAAUAAAAAAUAGUUUGUUUAAUAUCUUAAUUCCAAAUAAAUAUUGUUUUUUAUA